AUGAAUUUCAUUGUAGCUUUCGUCGCCGCUUUGGCUUGCGCUAACAUGGCCGCCGGACAUUUUCUGCACAAGGAAAAAUUCGGAUGCAAAGAACCGAUCAUAUGUGCUCAGCCUGCCCCUUGCGUCGUCGAGAAGCCUGUUCCAGUCCCUGUCCUCGUGAAAUCACCACCGAAAAUCAUCGAGAAACCUGUCAAAGUUCCCGUGGCCGUGCCAGUUCCUGUACCCUGUGAAAAACCCUGCGAAACACCCUGUUGCUCCACCCCAGUUGAGUCUUGUUGCUCAAAUCCAGUUGAGCCCAGUUGCUCCUACUCCUACUCAACACCCGUGACUUACAGCUCUCCCUGCUCGUACUCAUCACCGGUAAUUUACUAUUAA